AUGGCGAACAAAGAGGUCCAGAAGAAAAAUCCCUUUAUGACAGUGAAAGAGGAAAGUGUGAGUCCUGAAGAAUUUCAUUACAGAGAGAUCUUAUUUCCUAGGUUCACUUCCAAGAAGUCUCUCCAGUUUGUGGAGAAAGAGUUCCAGGUGCAGGAUGGCUUCACGUUUCUCGUCUCGUACCCCAAGUCAGGCACCCACUGGUUGAUCGAGAUUCUCUCUCUGAUCCAAACAAACGGAGACCCCACUUGGGUCCAAACCGUUUCCAGCUUCCAUCGAGCCCCCUGGAUCGAAGCGUCAGUGGCCACAGACAUGCUAAAGGAAAUUAAGCCUCCCCAUUUCCUGACUACUCACCUCCCAAUCCAGUUCCUUCCUCCAUCCUUCUUCACCUCCGAAACCAAGAUAAUCUACCUCAUCAGGAAUCCCAAGGACGUUGCCGUCUCUUACUAUUAUUUCUCAUUUGUUAUUCAAAAAAGCUACCUCCCUGAGAGUUUUGACCAGUUACUGGAGGAGUUCCUCCAAGGGAAAGGUGAGAAAGUUAUUUACGGCUCCUGGUUCGAGCACAUUCGUGGAUGGCUCCAGAUGAAGGAUAAGGAAAACUUCCUGCUCGUGAGCUACGAGGAGUUGUACCAGGACAUGAGGGGCAGCGUGAUGAAGAUCAGCCGCUUCCUGGGGAAGAAGUUGGAUGAGCAAGCCCUGGAUUCCGUGGUGAAGUACUCCUCCUUCCAGGCCAUGAAGGACAAUGAGAUGUCCAAUCUUUCCCUUGCCCCAGACAUCCUGGUGGAUCAUUCCAAGGGGUCACUCCUCCGGAAAGGUGCGAUGAGACAGGAGGAGGAAGAAUGCAAAUUCCAUCAUUUUGCAACCAGAACAACCAUUUCCAUGGAGAACAGAGAGCUCAAAAUGGAAAAAAAAAAAAGCGUCACUACAGCCCAAGUGAAAAAGGUGACAUCAGGAGUUUCAUUACAGUGAUAUCGUGCUUCCUAAGGUCAACUCCAAGGAGGCUAUCCAGUCCGUGGAGACAGAGUUCCAGGUGCAGGACGGCUUCACAUUCCUCAUACCCCAAGUCAGAUCGUCUACAUCAUCAGGAAUCCCAAGGACAUCAUUGUCUCUGUAUCAUUUCGCAUUUGUUGCUCGAGAAAACUGCCUCCCCGAGAGUUUUGAACAGCUCCUGAGGGAGUUCCUCGAUGGGGAAGGUGAGUAUGGAGGAGAAGACCAGUCUGGGGACCCACUAGUCCUUGGGAUGUGGUGAUCAUGAAGAUCGUAAUCAAUCCCUAUGGUCUUAGCUUGGGACUUGGGAAAAGUCCUUGGGAAAGUUCAGUACGGUCCUGCCUUCAAGGAGCUUGCAAUUUAAAUCUCUGCAUCCUCAGGGAAAGCAGUUGAUAAUAAUAAUCAUGAUGGCAUUUAUUAAGCGCUUACUAUGUGCAAAGCACUGUUCUAAGC